AUGUCUAUGCCUUCCGAUACGUCCUCGGACAGGCGUCCUCUGCGCGCCAUCCUCCCAGCCGAUGGUACACAUGCGCUAGCGGAUGCUGGACCGAGGUUUCCCUUGGGUAUACAUCCCAAGCGGACAUUGGUGUCUGCUGCGUGUCAGGCUUGUCGGAAAAGAAAGUCAAAGUGCUCGGGGACGCGUCCGGUAUGCGUCGCGUGUGAAGGGCGCUCAACAGAGUGUCAAUGGGAACCCACCGAAACCCAAGCCAUAAAACGCAGAUACCACGAAAUCGUCAACGAACACAACCGCGCAUCAUCAUACCAGCAAUUAUUCGAGUCCAUCAAACCUAUGAACACGGAAGAUGCUGUGAGAACUGUUCAUAGGAUUCAAGCGGGCGAUGAUGUGGAAGCUUUGCUGGACGACGCUGAGACAUCGAGAAUCCAGCUUCGAACAUCACAAGAUCGGGAUAAAAAUUCUUACGAGGAUUUUUAUCAAGGGUAUGAUGUUAAUGCUAUGUUAAGACAUAUUCGGGAGGCGGAUUUGUUGUUGCAGAUUGCGCUUAAGCCGGAGCAGAGACGACGAUAUGAAUUUCCUUUUAACAGAAAAUGGCCCGAAUUUCUACGACAAGAUGGAAAUCCGUAUCUUGAAACGUCGUUUUACGAGGCAGAUCGGCCGUCACCGGCUAAUCUCACAUUGGGGAAGAAGUCGGAUAUCAUCUUUGACAUUCCGUACCACGCUUCGACGCUCAUCGAACCACUCCUCGCUAACACACGAAUUUCGAAGUGGACGACCGUCACAUCUGAUGAGGGCAUGUUGACAUCACUUCUGGAACACUAUUUCCAACACGCCUACCACUACUUCACAUUCUUCCACAAAGACUUGUUUCUUCGCGAUCUUAAGUCAGGUUCAGCACAACACUGCUCCUCCCUUCUCGUCAACGCAGUCCUCGCAAGCGCGACACACUACCAUCCCAAAAUUCAAGGUCGCAACGAGCCCUGGGAUACAGAGUCCCUCUGCUAUCGGUUCUUUGCCGAGACAAAGAGAUUGUGGGAGUUGGAGAUGGGAGAGAGCAAGCUUACGACGUGCCAAGCCGCGCUGGUCAUGAACUCAAUUUAUAACAUGGAUGGACUAGAUCAGAUUGGAAAUGUAUACAUGGUCCAGGCCGCUAAAAUUGCAUAUAAUCUGGAUUUAUUCGGAGCACAGGGAAGAGGGGAAAUGGAUGUCGCAAAGCAGUUUACUGCAUGGUGUCUUUUCUCAUGGCAAUCUCUGACGCUCUUCCACUUCUACAAGCCACCCCUAUUUGAAAAGCCACCAGAGAUAGACCUACCGGAUCCUCACGCUAGUCCCUGGUUCUACCCGGAGAUCCACACUGUCAAGUUCAGGAUUAUACUGAAUGAUCUUGCCAACGACAGAUUCGGAGGUGGUAAGAAUGCGGCGAUUACGCUGGAACAAGCAGCGAAAUACUAUCGCAGGCUGUGUCAGUGGUUUGACGCUCUUCCUGCUUGUUUAAAGCCUGAUAAAAUAGUGCUUCCAUCGCAUUUAAAUCUUCACAUCCACUUUCAGUACAUAAUCAUGCUUCUUCUCGAGCCAUUUGUGGCCUCAGAGAAGGACAAUCCAUCAAUAACCCUCCUCGACGGAAUGACCAAGCCCAUCCGCGCAAUCGUUCACGAAGCCACAAUCCACUUCGAAACCCUCGUCCGCUCCUACUACCUCCGCCACAGCUUCAGCACCUACGCACCAGUAAUGGUCCAAUUCCUCUCCGUCCUCGGCUUCCUCUCCGCUCAAAAAGCAGCCACCAACCCCGCCGAGCACCAAAGCAGCAUGAUCCUCGCAACCUUGGGUCUCGAAAACCAAGCACAACAAGCUUAUCUCGCUAAUGCAAUGUUCAAGCUGCUGUUUAGUAAGAUUCCGGCCAGUAUGGUGGAUAUAACUAGUCAGUACUGUAGUCUGAAUGCGACGGGCGCGGUGGUGGAGAUCCAGCCUGCGUAUGUCAGGUCGGCGUAUCCGAUUCAUAUGGUUAGUAUUAAUGCGGAUGCUGAGGAGCAGAGGUUGGAUAGGUUGAUUGAGGAGCUGAAGAUUUGA